AUGCCUCCUCUCGUUGGCCUAUGGGACGCUGAAGAUGUCUUGGGAGUUGGCCAGGUCUCGUUGGGGGCCACCUGCGUCGGAUAUGCCAAACCGAAGCGUCGGCGUUGCCAUCACCGUGUCGCUACAGCGAAUUGCCAACGUGCCUCUGAUCUUCUACUUCAGAUCUCGAGCAUGAAUAUAUCAGCCUCCGGAGUUGACCAUGUGCUGGAACGUCUUGCACGCCUCCUUCUAUGCAACCAUUGGAAUCAUCAAGACCAGGUCGGGGUCGUGGCUGCGAAAUGGCGCGAUCGGGUUCAACAGUUCCAGAUCGUGGCAGCUGCUAGGUUGGAGACUACUGUGCAGCUGGAAAAUGAGGCUCGGCUUGGGCAAGUCGCUCCACAUAAAGAGGGUGUUCGACUGGAAGAUGCUGUUAGAGUCGAGCGGGCUGCGAGAAGGCCGCGGAUUCCGCAGUCCAAGCACGCUGCUCGGACUCAUACUCGUGAGGUAGAAGCCGCUCGACAAGAUGCAGAGAUAGCUCGCCGGGACGCGGAGAUCGCUCGCCGGGACGCAGCCAUAUCUCGCCGGGACCUCACGAUAGCUCUUCAGGACAUCGAGAUAGCUCGACGAGAAACAGCCAUAGCUCGUCAGGAAACGGAAGUAGCUCGCGAGAAGUUACGCCGUCUACGAAAUAGGAACCUCCGAGUGAGCGAUGCUUUAACCCAGCAAGUCGCAGCAGUAGCAGGCGUAAGAGGUGGAGCCGCAACUCCCGCCCUCACUGUCGAGGUUCCAAGGCCGAAUUCCGCCGCUUCCUCAACACGCCGUCCUCGGCAGAAUCAGUUUGGAAGGCAUGUAGCAUCCCCAACUGCUAUACCCCGGGCGGCAACACGGACACUCGCAGUUCCGUCCCCAGCGUACAGGCUUCUGGUGCCCCCGGAGGAUGACAACGGGGGUAUUAUGUUACGACAGGGUCUUGGACGCAAAGGGACCUAG